AUGUUUUAUUCUACCCAGAUUUUGGCUCGGAAGGGGCCCCUGGGGCUUGUGUGGAUGGCAGCGCACAUGGACCGAGGUCUGAAGCGCAGUGAGGUGGACGAAGCCUCCAUUCGCGACACGGUGGACGUGUUAUUGUCUCCGGAAACCCCGUUGGCUCUGAGGCUGAGUGGCCAGCUACUGCUGGGGGUGUGCCGUAUUUACUCUCGCCAGGUUGAAUACCUGCUACAGGACUGCCAAAAUGUGUUGGUGAAGAUCCGUCUGGCCUUUAGGCCAGAUCAAAUGGCGGCGCUGGGCAAGGCGGCCGCGGCAGGCGCCAAACGCCGCCGUGGCGGCACCGCCGACGCCGAUGCGCCCGUAUACACCUUGCCAUUGGAGCUGACCAUGCUGCCUGACGACCUCGACGAGGUGGAGCUUCUAGCAGGUGACCAGUACGACAUGCGGGCGUUACAGCCAGCCAUGGCCCUCGGAGCCAUGGCUGCGGACUUGCAACUGCUGCAGCAAUCACAGUCGCAAUCGCUGGGGCUGUUGGAGGGCGAACCUGGCGAUGGCGCGGGCCGCACCCGUCGUCGUACAGCUGCUACUGCCACCACUACUGCCAGUCGGGGUAUUAGUUUGGUGACGAUCCCGAGCGCCAGCGGCUUGCAGGUAGGUGGUUACAGCCUCGGUCUGAUGUUUGCUCCUUCGGCGCAUUUUGGCGACGCCGCCGGCGGCAGCGGUGGCGGCGGUGAUGUGGAAAUGGAGGUAUUUGAAGACGCCGGUGCACCUUUUCAGUUCGACCUCGAAGACGUUGAGGUUGAACGCCUCCGUGCCGCACCUGCCUCGGAGGCCUCUGGCGGCGGCCGUCACGGCGCCGCCGACCUGGCGGCGCUGCUCGGCGGCGAGCUCAGCGGCGGCGGCGGCGGCGGACUCGCCGCAAGUCGUCGUACACGUGGCCGCGGUGGUGAUGAUGAUGCCGUCACUGGUUCUGGCGGAAGUCCAAGUAGCGGACUGAUGGGCGCCGUUAGUCGGGAGAAAGAGACGCCGGGUCUGAGCGUCCACCGGCGGCGGAGUACGGCAGCAGCGGCGACGGCGGGACCGCGGCUAGGGGAGCUUCUUCCUGACCUAGGUCUUGACGGCGCUGCCGGCGCGUUGGAUCUGGAAAUGGAUCUUGGACUUUCGGAAGAGCAGCCUGGUGAUGGCGACGGCGCAGCCGCAGCCGCCGUACAGGCGCCGGUCGCAAGCGGCGGCGGCGCAGCUGGCGGCGACGGGGCGGCGUCACGAGCGGCGAGUUUCACCGCCGAAGACUUCCGUGAAGCGGCGGCGGCGAUGGACCGCGGCGCUGGCAACGCAGACCCGUACGACAUGCCGCCGGAGGUGGAUGAGCAUGAGGACGAGCAUGACGGCGGCGGCGGCGGCGCGCGCCGCUCAUCGCCAUUGCAAGCCGCCGCAGUUGCGGCGGCGGCGGCGGCCGUGCAGCAGGGCCGGGAGGACCUGGCGGGUGAGGCUGUCAACGGCGCUCACCGCGGGGUACGGCGCCGUGGCGGCGACGCCGAGGCAGCCGGUGCAGCGGCGGAAGCGGCGCGCAGCGGUGUGAGGGCCACUUCCGCGCCAGCAUUGAGCACUGACCGCCGCGGUACAGCAGCCGACGAUGGCGAUGGCGGCGACGCCAUGGAAGUCGAUGGUGGCGGCGGUGCCGCUGCAGCCGCCGUGGCGGCCGCGCCUUCGCUAGGUGGUGGCGGAGGCGCGGCGGCUCAGCCCGCUAUGAGCGCGUCACGGACGGUUCCUGGCGAUAGCGCCGCUGCCCAUGGUACGGCAGCGGCGGCUGAGGCGGGAGCGGAAAGUGGUGGCGGCCAGGCUGCUAGCAGCGGAGGCGGGCAGGCAGCCCCCUCCGCGAGACAGGCGGCGGCCGCAGUGGAGGCGGAGGCUGGUGGUCCCGCCACCGGUGCAACCAUCCCCACCGGGCACCUCAGGGAGUGGCUUCAGGACCGUACUCCCCUCCUGGAGCCGACAAGGCUAGCUGGGCCCGUCCAGGGCGCCCUCCCUGGACCCCUCGAGAAGCAACAGCAACGACUUAACCGCAAGCGUGCGGCAGGGUCCGGUGCAACGGGUCCUGACCCACGGGUCACAUUCCCUGAGGCGGAAGCUGCUAUUGCCUUUGCUACCGAUGAUCUACUGCGCUCUACGGAGCCGGCUGCCCUCCUCCUCCGAAAAGGCCCCUUGACAAUGGGGGGGCCCGGGGCGGCGGCACUACGACAGCGAUGGGGUCAAGAGCGCCAGGGGCAGCAACAUACGGCAGCAGACCUUUUGCCUCCUGCCGUACAGGCGCUGUUCCGUGUCGCCGUAGGCCAAAUGGCUCCCCAGUACGCCAUCCAUCUGGGGGCGGCGGCGGCGGCAGGACGUCUGGGUGGCGGAGGGCCCAGCGGGGCACCGGCUGCAUCGAUGGCGACAACAGGAUCUCCUGGCGCCGCCGCCGGCACCGGCCCACAGGGUGGAGGAGUCGUGAGUGGUAGUGGCGCAGCGGCGGCGUUAAUCGCGGAAGAGGAGGAGGCCGCCGCCGGGCCCGGAGUGGCGGCGGUAGCGGCGGUGGCGGACGUUGUGGGGCUGAUGGAGGCUGGCGGCGGCGAGGGUCCUUCUCGUGGCGCGAAUACGACAGCAGCGGCGGCGGCGGCGGCGGCAGCCCCGGCGACGACGGUGGCCAGUAUCGGCCAGACGGACUCUGGAAAGGAGAAUCGCGGUGGCGAUGGUGCUGGCGACGAUAGACUUGAGUUUGGAGGUGGUUUCGGAGCCUUGUCCACCGGCAAGAGCAGCGGCACCGUCCGAGGAGGACAUUUGUCAAGUCCGGGGGCGACACGCCGUCCGUUGGCGACCCAGCUACAGCAGCAGCAGCAUGGCCAGGUGUUGAACGCCGCCAGCAACACGCCUGGCGGCGGCGGCGGCGGCGGUGCUGCUGCAAGGAGCGGAAGGGCGCCAGGCACUGCCGCGGCGGCGGCGGGAACGGAAGCUGGCGGCGGCGGCGACGGAGGAGGAGGAGGAAUGGCGUCAGCUGGCGCAGGCGCUGCAGGUGCUGAUACGCGCAUGGAUGUGGACGGUGGUGAUGACGGGGAUGCAGGCGGUGCGGCGGGUUCAGGAAGGCGGGAGGGAAGCCGAUCUGUACGACGCCGACUUAAUACUUCCGGUGGAGUGGAACUUGGAUUUGAAGACGCCAUGAAUUCAAAUUUGGAUUCCGGCAGGGGCCCGCGGAUAGAGGAGCAGUUAGUUCAUCGCGCCCAAAGCCAAGUCCGCUCUACAGGCGCAGCAGCUUCCGGGGGCACGGCAGCCGCAGCGUCAGCGUCAGCGCAGCAGCAGCGUCGUACGGCAAGCGGCGCCGUCAGCGCAGGUGCGGCGGCGAUGGCGGCGAAGACGCCGCCACGUUCACGAAUCCAGUCUCUAACAGAGCAGCAACGCCAGGAUGCAGGUGGCAGCGGUGUUGGCACUGGUAGUGGUUUCGGAGCGGAUUAUGCUGACGCGGCGGCGGCGGGGGGGGCUGUAGCCGGGACCCCGGAGGGAUCCACCAUUCGCUCUGAAGGGCUCGGACUGGGGUCCAUGAUGCGACGACACCAUCGCUCCCGCUGGAUUGAUGGCGCCGAGACCGCUGGCGGCGCCGGCAGCAAUGACGUUCACAGCGAUGACGAUGACGAUGGGGAGGAGGAGGGUGAGGAGGCAGCAGACCUUGCCGGCCCUUCAGGCUCUCGACACCGACGGAGCGACCAACAACACCGAGCCCAAAGCCCGCAUGGUCUGGCGGGCCGUCGUACGUCGCACCGGACAUCGGCAGCUGCUGCGGGAGGUGGUGAGCCUGGGAGCGGUGCUGAUGCUGCCGCCGCCGUCGCCUCUGGUGGUGGCGGCGGCAGCGGCCCGGGCACCGGUAUUGCGUCCGGUUAUGUCACGGGCUCCGGAACCGGCAGCCUUGGGAAGUGGCUCAGCUGGAGCGAGCAGGAGGGCUCUUUGGCGAGUCGUACAUUACGAGAGUUGGACGCUGUAGCUCGCAGUGCAGCGGUGGCGGCAGCACGGGUUGACGCGGCGGCGGCAGUAGCUGGCGGGUCGUCGGGGGGAGCGGCAGUAGUCCCACAGAGCCAGGGCAGUGGGGGAGAGCAGCGUCGGAAAGAUCCUACGGCCCGGAAGUUGCUGGGGGUGGCGGAGGCGGCAGCGGGGGAGAUGGAGGAGGAGGAGGAGGCGGCGGCGCAGCACCCCACGCAGCUUCGUGUCGUGGGGGGGGACUUGGGUACUCCGCAGCGGGUAUCGGUACUGCAGCAGCAGCGGCAGCAGCAGGAGACAGUAGCAGCAGUAGCAGGUGGCGGUAGUCAGGUUGGGAAUGACGAGGCUGCUGCCGCUGCUGACCCCGGCAUGGCGAGGUUGUCGCAGCUAGCCCUGGGUCGGCGGCGUAAGGACGCAGCUCGGUGCUUUUACGACAUGCUGGUCCUGAACAGCAGGGGACUGGUGGAGUUGCAGCAAGUCGUCGACCCCGCGUUCCUCGUCAGGGGCUCCCGGGCCGCCGCCGCCGCCACGCACUCCGCCGCCGCCGCCGUUGGCCGCCCUGGCGAUGGCGACAUCUCUGCGGGCGUUGACGUUGACGUUGGCGGCGGCGGCGGCGGUCAGGCAGCCACGGCGGAUGUGGAGAUGGCGGACGUGACCGUGGGCGUUACAGCCGUACCGGAUGUCUUGGUGGCUUUGACGUAUCAGGGCGUAGAGGCCGCCAGUGCGCGGCUGCUGCAGUCGCAAUUGGCGGCGUCUCAAUGA